ACCACUGAGCAGGAGAAGCUGAGCCAUGCUGGAUCCAAGCCCUGCCUCUCCGAGAGCAGCGGCCGACUCCCUCAGAUAGCCAUGAACACCUGCAAGUACAAUGGCGGCGUAGUGAGACCACUGGGCAGCCUGGCGUCGUCGCGGCGCAACCUAGCAGAGCUCGACUCUGAGACGCAGCCCCUCCAGACGUUGCACAGCUCCGGCCUGGAGGUGGUGGUAUCCAAGGGCAACGGCGAGGACCCCAGCAAGGCGUCCAACGAGAGCCUGGUCAGGGACGGAAACGGUGCUCCUGUGAAGAAGAACAAGGACAUUGGCUAUAGGCUCGGCCACCGGAGGGCGCUCUUUGAGAAGCGGAAGAGACUCAGUGACUACGCCCUCAUCUUUGGAAUGUUCGGGAUCGUCGUCAUGGUGACUGAGACUGAACUGUCCUGGGGAGUUUACGGCAAGGAAUCUUCGUACUCAUUUGCACUGAAAUGCCUUAUCAGCCUUUCCACUGUUAUAUUGCUUGGUCUUAUAAUAAUGUACCAUGCCCGGGAAAUCCAGCUGUUUAUGGUGGACAAUGGGGCGGACGACUGGAGGAUAGCCAUGACGUACGAGCGCAUCUUCUUCAUCGUUCUGGAGCUGCUGGUGUGCGCCAUCCACCCCAUCCCGGGCCAUUACCGCUUCACUUGGACGGCGCGGAUCGCCUUCACCUACACUCCGUCGACGGCCAACGCCGACGUGGACAUCAUCCUCUCCAUCCCCAUGUUCCUCAGGCUCUACCUGAUCGGCCGCGUCAUGCUGCUGCAYAGCAAGCUCUUCACAGACGCCUCGUCACGCAGCAUUGGCGCCCUCAACAAGAUCAACUUCAACACACGCUUCGUCAUGAAGACGCUCAUGACCAUCUGCCCCGGCACCGUGCUGCUGGUCUUCAGCAUCUCCUCCUGGAUCAUCGCCGCCUGGACGGUGCGAGUCUGCGAGAGGUAUCAUGACACACAGGAAGUGACCAGUAACUUCCUGGGAGCCAUGUGGCUGAUCUCUAUUACCUUCCUCUCGAUUGGCUACGGAGACAUGGUACCUAACACGUACUGUGGUAAAGGCGUAUGUCUGCUUACAGGGAUCAUGGGAGCUGGCUGCACUGCGCUGGUGGUCGCCGUGGUMGCCAGGAAGUUGGAGUUGACCAAGGCUGAGAAGCAUGUCCACAACUUCAUGAUGGACACACAACUCUGCAAACGAGUAAAGAACACAGCUGCCAAUGUACUCAGGGAAACAUGGCUCAUCUACAAACACACUAAGUUGGUCAAGAAGAUCGAUCAUGCCAAGGUGCGGAAACACCAGCGCAAGUUUCUACAGGCUAUCCAUCAAGCUCAGAAACUGCGCAGUGUGAAGAUGGAGCAGAGGAAACUCAAUGAUCAGGCCAACACGCUAGUGGACCUGGCUAAGACCCAGAAUGUGAUGUAUGACCUGGUGUCGGAGCUGCAGGAGCGUAGCGAGGAACUGGACAAGCGGAUCGGCAUGCUGGAGGAAAAGCUGGACUCGGUGACGGGCAGCCUACAGGCUCUGCCCUGCCUCAUCUCCCAAGCCAUAAACCAGCAGCAGCAGGAAUUCCUGGACGGCUUCCUGCACCGCUUCCGGCCCACCUCACUGGGCUCAGAGCGCUCGGAACGUUCCGAACGUUCCGAGCGUUCCUGGACCUCCACAGCCCGCCGGCGUCGCUCGCCCUCAACGGCACCGCACACCUCCUCUGACAGCGGCUAGCCCCCGCCCUCGGAACCGCCCAAAACGACCCUAAACCGCACUACCCCCGAUGACGACCCAUAACAUUCCCCUAACCCCCCUAAGCCCCCCUCUACGUCACAUCCAAAAACCAACACCAUUAUGACUGAACUUCCAGCGUGGGACUGAACUAGAAACUGCUCCAAUGCAAACCAUUAAAAACUUUGACACAUCCACUAAACAAUAACCUAAACGACUUUAACCGAGACAAGUAGAGAUAUGGUUUAUGUUUUAGCCAUUGUAUGGCUGUUCAAGUUAGCUUUUUUUGUAAAAGCCCUUGUAUAGUUAAACUGACUGAGUUCAGGGUUGCUGGGGUGAGAGCUGGCUAUCA